AUGUCUUCCACAUCUACCAAAUACACUCUACUUGACGAUGGCGAAGAGAAAUCUGAGCUGCCAUCUUCUCGAAAACACCGCGCUUUGCGACUGUCCUUGUUGAAGCAGUUUUACCAAGUCCUUUUGCAUCUUAUCGUCAUUGUACUCAUAGUAAUCGUACGGCAAUCCAUGGCAAGGCCCGCACUGCCGGCGUGUCUGCUACCGUCCGAACUUCCCUUAGCCGCAGACGCAAUUCGAUACGAGACGGUAGUAUUCGAUCCAAGUGGCUUCUCUUCCGGCAACGAAAAGCCGAAUGCUUUCGAAGGCUCACCAUCGCCUGCCACGAAUGCAGCAUGGGCACAGCUAUGCGACGUCGGCAUGUUUGUCUUGAAUGCAGAGGAGUAUAAGAGGCUCGGUCGGCCUACUGCUGAGCUAGUGGACCGACCAGGCGAGUACUUGGUGACACUCGAAGUCAUGCAUCAGCUACACUGCUUGGACUAUCUGAGGAUUGCAUCAUAUGCAGCGGCAGAGGGGAAGCACACCCACCAUGAGCAGGAAAACGACUGGUCCAAGGCCAAGCAUCUCAGUCACUGCAUCAAUUACCUUCGGCAGGUACUUAUGUGCCAUGGAGACUUGACACCCAUUACUCUCGAGCGAAAGAAGGGCCUGCCUCCGUAUCGGCCGGAUUUCCGCAUCACACAUACAUGCCGGAAUUGGGAUCGGAUUCAUGAAUUUGCUUCAAGUCGGAAUACUUCAGGUUAUGGAAUUGCAUAA